UUGCAGUCUCCACUAGAAGUAUAUCAAUCCUAUCAACAUGAAGGCACUGAUUCUAUCCUUGAUGGUGGUUGUGGUUGCGGCUGAGAGACCGUCCCUCUCUUACGACGCCCCUGCACCACACACAUCCUCGCCCGUCCAGCAGAUCCCCAUCAUUCGCGACGAGCGAGUCCAUCCUGCCGCUGACGGCACCUACAGCUUUGACGUGGAGACUGGGGAUGGCAUCGUCAGGCACGAGUCGGGCGGUCCAGGUGGCGCUCAGCAGGGAACUGUGAGCUUCACCUUCCCAGAUGGCCAAGUCUUCGAUCUCCAGUUCGUCGCUGAUCUUAACGGUUACCAACCUCAGUCGUCCUUCCUGCCCGUCGCCCCUGUAUUCCCCCACCCAAUUCCCGCCCACGCCCUCGAGCAGAUCGAGCGUGGACGACUUGAACUCGAAGCUCGCGCCCGCGAAGAGCAGCGUCAGUCAUUAAGCCAAGGACAAGCUGCACCUGCUCGCCACUACGGCCAACCUCAGUAAUGUUUUCUACCUGAACUUCAACAUGUUCUUGUUACCUGUUAUCCUACUCCAUUUUUUCUGCCCCAUUAUAUAACGCUAUGUAACGUUAUAUGUUAUAAAUAAAUCUAAAUCAAACUUC